AUGUCCACGAUUAUUGCAACGGAAAAUUUAGCCGAGGAAAUGGAAAGCUGGGGUCUUCACCAUGCAACAUACUGGAGUAGUGAUCUAAAUUCAUGGGGAAGUGUGAGCGACUGGGACGUUUAUUUUAUCGACAAGACUCCUGGGUGUACUAAAGACGAAGCACAUCGGUCCCUGAGUCUUGAACUUAAUAUCCUUCUUAAGAAAUUGUCAGACAGAAGUCGACAAUAUUCCAAGGCAAACGCCUUGAAAAAGGCUUUGGAGAACUCUGAUAACGAUUCCGCAAAUAUUUUGUUAUGGAAUAAGCAUCUCAAAGAAUUAGAAUCGAUAGCUAUUUCGGAUCGGGUACAUAGAUAUUACUAUACAAGAAGAAAUUGGACGAGCCGAAGAGCAGAUAUCAGAGAAAUCAAAAAAAACAUAAAAGCUAGCACGAAAGAAUGUGAGAUAUCAUCUAGUUCUUCCAGCAGUAAAAAUGACGAGAACUACAACAAGCAAGAAGAUGAUGAUGCUAUAAUUAACGGUAUGUUACAAGUGAAUGUGUGUGCUACAAGUUCAUUACCAAUGCAUAUAUUUUCAGAUUUAGGGAAUGAUUUUAGAGAGGCAUCGGAAUCGAUGGUUGGAAAGGCAAACGAUGAACCGCCAAAAACACCUGAACACCGAAUUUAUCAAAAACAAGGUGACUAUUCCAAACCAUUCGCUUCAUGUGAAGAACAAUCUCAUGGAUUUCAUUCUUCGGAGAUUAAUUUGGGCGAUUCAAUUGAGUCAAAUGAUCACGACAGCGAUGAGGAUGAAUUUGGCUUAAAAGAUAUGAACCUCUUCAAACAAAGAUUUGAAGCAUUGGACAGCUCGAGGAAAUGGAAAUUGAGGUCGGAAAGAUUUGUUGAAGAUGAGAAAUUACUGAUUUUUGCAUUUAUUCUUGUUCACUCUUUUAUCAUCGAUACUGAGGAUACCUUUAUUAAGGAUGAAAAAAAGGAAGAACAAAGUAUACCGGAAAUCGACGAAGAGAUUCUUGAAUACAUCGACACAUUUGCCAAGUUACCUGUACAGAAAUCUACCAAAGAAAUACGAGACGCUUUGAACACACCCCAUCCCCUAUUAGGAAGAAAUUAUGACCCACAUACUAAUUUUAUUUAUGACCACAUAAGAACUACGGUAACUGAUUGGGUUCGAAUACUUGAGAUGGAACCUAACCCUCUCACUAUGGAUAUGCCAGAAGCAUGGCACCGAGUCAAUGUCUGGAGAACGAUCGAUAUAAUGUUUUCCGAUACACCUUAUGUUUAUGUUGUUGGGCAAGUGAAAAAGCCGGGUUGGCCUGCUCAGAACGGAAAAACCGAUACAGAACCUUAG